CGGACCUUGGUAUGAACUGUACUUAUGUUUGUAAUUAAUGCAAGUUGUCCGUCACGUGUGGUGUGGUAGGAUGGUUUGUGUUGCGGCUGUCGACGAUUACUGGAUUUGAAAUUCAUAUUUAUACUUUGUAGUGUUUGGUACAUUGUGCUACGUCUUUUUUUUUCUUCGAACAUAAAUUAAUAGGUUAAAACAAGAUUGUUAAGCGGGUCAUGUCGCCGAUUUUCAGUUGUGAAGUACGCUGCGUAUUUUACGUAUUAACUAUGAAGGUUUUCGUUAAGUGCAGAUUGUAAAAUUCUUUUUGCGGCAGGAAACAUCCCUUUUCAGUGUUAAUUAGAUGCUACAAAGUGGGUGUUACAUCGUAUUUACAGAGGUCUUGUUCUUUGUGUAUGUAUGGCGUGCCAUGCUUUCAAAAUAAAUAUGCGAUGUAACAUAUUGUUUACAAUUACUUGUAUUUUUACUGUGUUUUAGUGGCGUUAGUCUAUUUAGCUCCCUGCACGCCAAAAAUGAUUGGAUUACCAGCUUGUGAACAUUUGUUCCGCGAAUGUGUGUGAAAGUUAAAGGGCCGGCAUACGAAUUGCGUAUUUACCUCGUGGUCGGGAACGAAUCGCUGUGGUGAGCGCAACAUGGCGGCUCAAGUUCAGACCGGCGAUGACUCCCAAAACAAGGAGGCGGCCGGAGUGUCGUACGCGAAUGCGGUACUGAAUUUCAAAAACAUGGACAGUAAUAAAGAAAACAUAGACGCAGUUCCACCAGUAGCGCCGCAGAGAGAUCACGGGUUCAAGGAAGUGUCGCGUAGUAAAUCGAACUCUGCGAAACUAGCCGCCCGACAGCAGCAAAUCACGCAGCACGGGAACGUGAGGAAAGACGAUUUUCCUCAGAUACUCCCGCAGAGUAGAAUCGGUCGAAGGAUGCCCGAGAAGACCGCGCCAGCAGCCAACGUCAACAGAAAUUUCCAAAACGGUCCGGUCAACGGAAACUUGACGAAUCACGACGCGGUGGAUCGAGACGCGAGGGACGAUUCGGAGGAGCCCGUCGACGAUUCGGAGAAAGUUCCCGAGAAGAUCAAGUAUGUGGAGGCUCCCAUUCCUGUAGUGAACCCCUGGACAGUCCACAAAAAUGCAGCCCAGGUGAUAACUGGCAAAGAGGCUCCGAGUAAACGGCAGAUUGCUCAAGGUCCGCCUCCUGGUGCGUCAGAGAAGAGAGUUUUGCAGCCUCAGCAACAGGGCAGAGUUGAGAAUGGCCCUGUGAAUCACCCCCAGCCAACCGUUGUGCGAGCUUCCAAGGAUCCGCAGAGGAUCAAUCAGAAGGCCAGCAACUUCACAGAUACUGAUGACUGGCCGACACUUGGAUGUGCUGAGCGCAAGCCGCCGGCGGUGGUGGCGGCGGGGGUGGGGCCGAAGCAGAACGGCCACGUGAAGAACGGUGCCAUCAGCAGCUCCAGCUCCACCUCCAGCUCCGGGGGGCAGGACGGGGAGAAGGGCGACCACCACGAGGGCUCGACGUCGUCCGAGGAGAACCGGGCGCCGGGCACCGCACCGGCCGCCGACGCCGCCGACAGACCCAGGAGAAACAUGAAGUACAAGUGGGUCCCCGUGCCGUUAGACGUGAUGCGUGGCAAGAGGGACGCAGAGCAUUUCUCUCGAUUCGCGAGGGACAGGAGCGGCGAGCAAGGUGGCGGCGGCGACGGCAGCCGGGAGAACGGCGACCCGUACUGGAAGGGCUCGGAGACCUCGGAUCGGGGACCUCCGGGCCACUACCGCGGGGGGCGGGGGGCAGGCGGCCCUCCGCGCUACAGGGGCAGGGGUGCCCGGGGAGCUGGUCGGGGCCACCUGGGCCGGGGAGGGUACCGCAAGGCGGGCGGGCCCCACUCGGACACAGACUACCCGGACUACCCCACGGAGUACAGCAGUCGGGCGGGGCAUUUCGGGGAAGCCACCACUCCAUCCUUCAUGAUGCCGUACAUGGGGACCUACUACUUCGGUCCCAACACCUUCCAGAUGGAUGAGCCAGCUCUCAAAGAGCACAUCAAGAAGCAGAUAGAAUAUUACUUCAGUGAAGAUAACCUGGUGCGAGACUUCUACCUGCGCCGCAAGAUGGACCAAGACGGCUAUCUACCGGUGACUCUGAUAGCAUCCUUCCAGAGGGUGCAGGCGCUGUCCACAGACGUAGACGUGAUCAUUAACGCAAUCAAGGAUUCCGAAGUGCUGGAGCUCACAGACCGGAAGCAGGUGCGCACGAAGGUGGACCCCACCAAGUGGCCCAUAAAGGAGUCUGCUCCAGCCGUGGUGACAGCGAUGGGCGUGCUCCCAUACGCUGCCCCGCCUGCUCCUCCUGUGGCCGCUGUCGUCCCGGCCCCCGCCCCGGCCCCCGCCCCUGCCCCCACCCCUGCUCCCGUCCUCGCCCCUGCCACUGCCACUGCCACUGCCACUGCCACUGCCCCCUUACCGGAGAACCUCAACCCGGACGUGCCGGAGUUCGUUCCCGUGGUCGUGCGGGCCCCGGAAGAGGGCUCGUCCCGUCAGGAAGACAACACCGGGGAUGGUGAUGCCGCUGUGGAGGCUGUGGAAGCAGCUCAAGUGGAAGAGAUGAAGCCAAGCGAAACCUCUCCUGCGAUAGACGACGUGCAGGAGCCUGUCUCUGGUGAAGAACCAAGCACAGAGGUCUCAGUCGAGCCUGCAACGUCUCCUUUGCCGAGCAAAGUCACAGAGGUUGAAACCUGCCAGUCUGAAGUCGAUGUUGCCAGCCGACCUGGCGAUGAGAUCGACAGCAGGGAGGAGCUGGUUUUCGACUCCGCGAGGGAUGAAGAGGACAUAUGGAGGGAGGUGAAGCGCCGCAUGAAGCCGCCCCACAAGGGGAAGUCGGAGGAGAGGGACAGGGAUGCUGCGAGGGAGGACCGCCGUGUCAGCGUCAGCGAGCGGGAGGAGCUGGACUUCCAGUUUGACGAGGACCUGGACACCCCCGUGCCGUCCGGCCGCCACAACACCUUCACGGACUGGUCGGAAGAUGAGGACUCGGACUACGAACUGAGCGACCGCGAGAUAAACAACCUGCUGAUUGUGAAGCAGACGUCCCAGUCAUCGCGCUACCCUAAGCACGAAGGACACGACCGAACCGGCGAUUGGACGACCCGUGUAAAGAUCACUCAGGAAUUGGCUCAAGCCGUCAACGACGGGCUCAGCUACUACGAGGAGGAUCUGUGGUCACAGCAAGAAAGAGUGCAGCUGUCCGGCAGCUACAAGACGGUCAACAUCAUAACCCAGGAAGUGUUCGAGAAGAUAGCCCCGCGGGCCCCUCACAAGACGAACCCCGAGGUGCCUCCCCCGCCCCCUUCCUCGCUGGCGCACUCGCUGGCGUCCGGGGAGGAGGACGAGGUCGAAGUGGAGGCGAAGGAGGCUGACAAGGCGCCCAAGAAGGUGCGCAUACCGCAGGAGUCGGCCGACACCCACCACCACCCGGUGAGGCAGCACCACAGGCACGUGCCGCGCUUCUACCCGGUGGUGAAGGACGCCGUGCCGCUGGACGCGAGCGCCCUGCGCAAGCGCAAGACCCGGCACAGCAGCAACCCGCCCGUGGAGCACCACGUGGGCUGGAUCAUGGACGUGCGGGAGCACCGCCCGCGCACCAGCUCCGUGGGGAGCAGCGCAGGAACGAGCCCGAACGAGACGGGCUACCUGACGGGCAGCUUCGGGGGCACCCCGCAGAGCCUGCCCACGUUCCAGCACCCGUCCCACUCGCUGCUCAAGGAGAACAACUUCACGCAGGAGGUCUACCACAAGUACCACUCGCGCUGCCUCAAAGAGCGCAAGAGACUCGGGAUGGGCCAGUCCCAGGAGAUGAACACGCUGUUCCGCUUCUGGUCGUUCUUCCUGCGCGAGAACUUCAACCGCAAGAUGUACGAGGAGUUCAAGUCGCUGGCGGUGGAGGACGCGAAGGAGGGCUUCAGGUACGGCCUGGAGUGCCUGUUCCGCUUCUUCAGCUACGGCCUGGAGAAGAAGUUCCGGCCGGAGGUGUACCAGAACUUCCAGGAGGAGACCGUCGCGGACUACGAGUCCGGUCAGCUGUAUGGCCUGGAGAAGUUCUGGGCAUUCCUGAAGUACUACAAGCACAGCAAAAACCUGCACGUCAAUCCCAAACUCAAGGAAUACCUCUCCAAGUUCAAGAGCAUAGAAGACUUCAGAGUGGUACAGCCCUGGGACGAGAACGAGCAGCGCAAGGGGCUGGGCAGCCUCAGCCGCCCGCACAUGGCCAAGCUGCGCAACCGCAGCAUAUCGGAGAGCUGCGGCGGGGAGCCCGGCGGGCCCCAGCCGUACCACCGGCGGGUGAGGCGGCUGUCGGGCGAGACCGGGCCCUCGGCGGCGGCCCGGAGGAGGACGGACUCCGUCCCGGGGUCCCGCGCCCGCACCUACUCCAGCGGCGAUGCGGAGGGCUCCUUCCGCGCGCGGGCGGGGGGGGUGGGGGGGCCACGGCGGGAAGACCCACGCCCGGCGGGACCUUCCCGCGCCGCUGCCUGCCCCCGUGUCCCCGGCGUCCUGAGCUCCCUCGCUUUUACUUUCCAUUGCAGAGGCUUGUCGGGAACAAAAGGAACUUUUGUGAUGCUUCAGAAAAAAAUAAGUCUGAUUAGCAAAGUCUGUUGUUUUUUUUUUUUCAGGUGCCAUAUUGUAACAUUCUGGCACAAAUUCCUGUUAACAAAAAAAGCCAUUUGCAUGGAUAUUCCUUAAAAGUCAGCAUAUUCAUAAUGAUUACUCUCGUUUGUAGCCAUCUUCGAAAAUGUAAUUUUGUCUGAAGAUUUAUGCUGGAUGCAACUGUUUGUUAGUCGGGUGAAAAAUUUAUCCCUCGAUCAAUUUCCUAAAUCUUCCCUUACCGAUUUUACCAUAAACUGAAACCUGCUGGAAGGAGCUAGUUUUGUCUGUCUUCCAGUUAGCAUCAAAGUGCGUGUGUGGAACUGUAGCUACAGAGCGUUUGCCUAUUGGUGUAAUGUUUAGGAUAUUUUUUUUUUUUGAACGAUGCAGUGACGUUUUGAAUUAUCUUAGUCUGCUAGGCACACUUUGUCAUUACCAACCUAACCAGUUGUAUCUGCUGGGAGUGUGCGCUUGUGAAAUGUUUGUGUGACUUUUGACAGUUAUCAAAACAGUCGGAGAGAGCGAAGGAAUCUUGUUUGCAGUUUUCCGAGUAGCACUUGCUUCUAAAUGAGCUCAAAAUGCAGCAACGCUGUAUCAACUGUGGUAAGAUUGUGUGUUGUGGAUGUAUGCUCAAAUAUGAUGUAAUUAGUCUGACAAAAAAGCUUGAUGGUUUUAUGGUAAUGUGUGUUGCCAUUUUCGCUCUUGCUGUGUCUUAAGCUUGGUCGUAUAUUUUAUAGUUGAUAAAUAUGGAUUUUAUUAAACUUGUGCUUUUGGGAAUAGCCCAAAGUGAACAGAUGUGACUUUGGUACUAAAAAGUUUCUAACGUGCAAGAUUAUCAAACAGUUUGGAAGACUGGUUUUUUUUAUCAUAAUUUUGUGGCCGUGAACUUUCAUGACAUGUGCAUGAAAAUGUUAGUUGUUGCUAGGAGAAAUAGUGUGUGUGGCAAGAGUGCAACUAUUUGGAUUUCGUUAAGUCAGUUCAUUUUAUAGUUUUCCUUGGCUUAACUUUGUUGAUGCCUGUGUUCAGUAAAGGACAGUGAUGUUAAUUAGUGUGAAAAAGAGAAGGCAAGAGCCUUAAUUUUUAAAAUUUUGUUUUUGGUGUUGUGUAAAUUUUUUUUGUUCUAUUUUAAGCAGAGUGGUUGAUAUUUUGCUGUUGCUGUUAUACUUUGUUUUAAUUUGUUUUUGCACAGUAUACGGUAACCCUUGCUUUUAUCUUGAGCACAUAUGGGGACUAUAAAAUGGGUAUAAAAUAUGAAAAUAUGAGAAAUUUUAAAAAAAUAAUGUAUUUGUGUGUGUGGAGCAAUUAGUAGUUCAACUUUUUUUUUUUUUUUCCUCUGUUGAUAGUUCAAUAAUUUUGUGAACCUUAAUGCAAAGAAAAAAGUUCCCUCAAGAAUCCAAGUCAGGUGUCUUCAGUUCAGUUCCGUAGGUACAAGUACUCAACUGGUAUUUUGCAUUUUAGGUUGAAAAUUAAUGUUAACCAUUAAUCUUUAGGCAGUUAAAAUUUCUUUUCAUCUCUUUAACUUAGAAUUUAGUAUAGUUUUCUUAUAUGAAUACUAGUCUUUAUAUUUGUCAAUAUGCCAUUUCCAUGGAUGUUUAAACUUAGUCAUUAGUAGUAGUACAUAUGUAUACUUUAAUGUUUUUAUUUUCUUUUGAAUUAUUCCUUUAUAAAUAAUGUUUAAUGUGUAGUGGAACUUGACAGUGAAUUAGCUUUCUUCUUUAACAUCUGUGGGAUGCGUCGAAGACAUUGAGGUAUGUUAGGUAUCAGUUACCAUUGUGGUAAAUCUAGGAACCUUGAGGCAAGGUUUGGCAGAGGUUGGUGUAAAAAGGAAAUCUGAUUAGAAUUACUGGUAUUAAAAAAAUUCAAUGGAAGGAUGUAAAUUCUCUGUCUUUUCUUGCAGUUGUGGAUUUGCUAUUUAUGGAGCUGCAAUUAUUUUGUGGAUUCUGUUUGUUCCAGGCUAUUCUAUAUACUUACUCAAGUCCCUUCGAUGUUCUUAUUUGCCAGUACCAAUGUGUGAGGCUUUCUGGAUUGAAUGUGUUUGGGUCAUUACUGUCUCUUCCUGCUCAUAACUGGCUUAGGGUCUUUCGGAAGGGGGGAAUCGUAACUGUGGGCAUACCAUCAGCGUAAAGGUAGAUGUGAGUUUCAAGUUUACUUAGCUACUGAAUGAAUCUACAAAAUUCUUGUGCUUACAGUUAUUUAGUACAUAGUUAUUACUCAUAAUCAUGAAAGGCAGCUUAUGUAGUACUGAUAGAAAAAAAAAAUUUCAACUUGUUACUAUUGCGAAAAAUUAACAUUCUGUGUAAUGAAGAGAACUUUUUUUAAUUAUGUAUGAUUUAAAAAUCAUUUUAGUCUCGAGAGACGUGUUGAACCAAUAAACAAAAACUUUGCCCCAAGGUCUUCCUUUGAUGGUCAUUGAAUGGUAUUUGUUGUGCAAAUUUUUGCUAAAUGCUGUGAUGGUCACUUAAUUUAAAGUAAAAUAUUUUAAGUUUGCUAGUCUCAUUUUUAAUUUUUGUAUGGCAGUUGUGCUGACAGUCCGUUAAUUUUUCAUUGCAAUUUUUCCAGUUAUUUGUAAAGGUUAUUUUUUUUAUUUAUCAAGAAACUCAGAUUUGUGUAUAUUUUAGAAUAUAAUUAAUUUACACGAUAUUCACAUUUUUUUGUUUUAAUUUAUUUUUCAAUGCAUUGCAUUUUGCAGUUUGAAACAUGCAACAUGGAUUAAAAUAAUGUCACAGAAGCUAACUUACCACAAUUUGGCGAGUAUUGUGGUGUAGGGUGCCUGUUCAGUAAUUGGCUGAGUGGGAAUACAGAACCACCUUGCGUCUGAUUGGCCUCUCCUUGCUGUAAAGGAUUCAUAUUCAUUGGGUGUGUUACUAAUCAAAAUUGCUCCCAGAGGCUGAUGGGCAAAUUAUAUUAUGGAAUAUUGCUUGCUAGUUCAGCCAUAUCAUUGCGGCAUUUUCUCUUCUGUGAUCUGAGUGUUCUGUAGACAAAGCUGAGAAAAAAUCUGUUAGCAAUGGACAAAUCGAAUCCUCAAAUACUACCAAAUCCUUGGUAUCCGAAGGAUUUGAUAUUCAAGGCAAAAUAUUCGGAGGAAAAAAAAGAUAUUAAAGGAAAUGAAGAAAAUAAAAAAUACGACUUUGAUAAUACUGAAGUUUACAAGGUCAAUAUUUUUCUUCCUAUCCUGUUACCAUUCCCCAAAAUAUUGUACUUUUAACAUAUAAUUAUAUAAAUAAAAUUACAAUAUGAAUUAAACACAUGAAUAAAACACUUAGAAGGGUCAAAUUUUUCAACGCCAUAGUUAAUAUUUUUAAUCACACACACACAUACACCUUGCUCCCACCUUAAUUAAAAGUUAAAUUUUAAGAGAUUUUGAGUCAUUAUUGAAGAUGAUUACCACUGCGGUUGUUACCAUUGUGCCACUUCUGGAAAAUAUUUCCUUUUUUCUCUUUUUUGUUCUGUGGCUCUUAGACCUCAAAAAAUGUUGUAAUAUUAAAAGUUAAUUCAUAUAGAUGUUUAAUUUUUUUUGGCAUGCUUACAGUCGUAAUUAUGCACAAAUUGCUCUCCGGCAGUUACAUGAAAUGAAGAGGUGGAAAAUCUUGGUUCUUUUUGUUAAUGGACAAAAUUUGACCAAAGGGGUAGAAAUGAGAACUGUAAAAAUAAAUUGGACCCAUCUCAGAAUAGACAUGUCCAUUAAGCCUUUGGCAUGGUACAGCAGUGUGUUUUUUUUUUUUGCCCAUUUGGUUUUUACCUACAUUUUUGCAUAUCGUUUUACUUAGAACUCACCAUCUGUUAUUAAGGGUCAAUGCUUCAUUAAUGUCGUCAUAAAUUGAACUUUUUUUUUUUAUCUCAUCUUCAUGUGGAAAUGUUUUUCUGAAUAUUAAGUUCACAAUUCAUCGUUGGUUAAUUUAUCUGUUCUUCUGAGGUUAAGUUUUACUUUAACUACCCUUUUAAAAAUUUGCUUAAUUGGUAUUGUCUAAUUCUCAUGUGUCAAAACAUGGCCAUGUUGGGUGGCAGUGCUUGCCCAAAUCACAGCUCUGUUUUUCAAAAAAAAUUGAUUUCCUUGAGGGAUGUAUCUGCAUUGUGUUAAGUGUUAUGUUUUGCACAGUAGACUUGCAAACAUGACUUUUUGUACAAUAUAGUAAGUAAAAUGAGCCAUCUUAACACAAUUUUCUCUUUUAUAUCCUUAAAUAAAAAAUACCUGAAAACUGCACAUCACAUAGAAAAAAAUUAUUGCCCUGAAACAUUUGAGCACAUACAUUUCUGCACGUUAUUUAAUAAUUGUGUGAGACACUUUUCCAUACAUGGACAUAUUAAAUGAUGUACUUUUAUUUUAAGAAAAAUUGUAUGUAUUUUGUGUAGUAAAUUUCAGCUCAUGUUAUUUUAAAAAUUUUAAGAACCUAAAGGAUUGUACAACAGAAAGUAUUAAUGUUAUAACGUUAUAAGUUAAUUUUACUCGUUACUUCAUGACAUUAUUCCUCUAAGAAUAACUUUUAAUUUAAUUAAAUGUCUAAACAUUUUAGGUGAAUACUAAAUAUUGAGCAGUAAUGUGCAAAAUACCUUUAAAGGUUCAGGCCACGAUAACUUGUGAAACAGGAACAUAAUAAUUAUUUUAUAUAUACGUAUUGUGUAAAUUUUUAAUAUUUCAAUGAACUACUUUAUUUCACUGGAAAAUACUGUCAUCAUUAUUACACAGGUUACUUUUAUACACACACAAAAAAAAUUAACCAUUUUCUUAUACCAAAAAUUUUGAUCUUCAGGAAUAGUACAUUCCUCCCCUCCCCACUUCCCGCUUAAUUUCUGUUCAAAGACAUAUGGAGGCUUAUUUUUAUUAGUACUGACCUUGCUGUCAACUUUGAAAGCACAAUGAAACUGGAUUUUACUGGCAUGGUAUUUUGUUCAAGUUGAUCAAGACUAUUUUUGGUUCAUGUAGGUACUGAUUUGAUAGAAUACUGAAUUCUUAAAUUUAGAGCUAAUACUCGCACAUUCACUUAUUUGAACAAUUAAGCUUUUUCUUUGUGUGUGCUGCCUAUAAUACAUGUUGCAUGUUUAUUACCUAAUGUGUUUUUGUUGUUCUCAUCACUAUCUGAGCAUAUCGGCUUUGUUUGCUAGCAAUAUAAGUUGUAUGUCUUCUAAGCAAUGUUUUAUAACAGUUUUUUUUUUCAUAUCUUUUAAACUUUGUAACAAAUGGGUAAAACAUUGACUAUUGUUAACAGAUGUCUUGUGUAUGUGUUACAUAAUAUUGUCCCCAAAUUUCUUACAUAGUAGAAUUCUAAGUUUUCUCUGUGUACUAUAAUACUAAUGUUAGGAUUUAAGGGUUUAUGAGUAAGUUAUUUUAUUGCAAGUGAUUGUUGAUUAUAUAAUUACUACUCUACUUUCUUUAUGGGUCCUAACUGGGUGCAAGAAUAUUUUAUUGUAUUGUUUUAUCAUUUAGUGAUACAUGUGUAUUGAUAUUGUUUGUGGGUUAUGCAUUUAAUAGGUUUUCUUUUUCUUUUUUUCCUUUUUGAUAUUUUCUACUGGUAGCAUUAGAUGAAGGGGCUGUCUGAAGGUAGUUGUGCUUCGGUAAUUACUUCAGCUCUGUUUUAAUAGGUUGUCGUUAUAAUUUCCAUUGCUUUUUCCUUGCCAGAUCUAAUUUUGGGAAGAAAGUGAUUUCUGUUCCAUUGAAACAUUGCCAGGUGUUGCAGGUAAUUAUAGUGAAAACCUUGUUUAACAUUGUACCACCAGUGAAAAUACUGUUGUUUUACACUUUGCAAACAGACUUUGCUCAUGGCAUGUUGAUGAAUGUAAUUAGGCACACCGGUGUAGCUAGCUGUUGCCUCAGUAGCAGUACGUAUCAGAUUCCCUAAACUGCUGUCCUGUGCUCAGCAUUGUGUUUCGGAAUGUGAUUUUAAGUUGGCUCAGGAUUAUUCGAUAUUUUGAUGUGCAUCUGAAGCCGAGAGAGUAUUGUCAUUUUCUGUAUUUCAGUUGAUCGUGUGACUAUCAUUGUUGUAGCAUUGAACACUGCAUGUUUGUUACGCAGACUGAUGUAAGAAAGUCACGUUUCGUGAAGUUGGGUUGUCUGGGAGGUUGAUCUGGGUAGAGCUAGCUCUAUAUGGUGAUUUCAAGAGUAAAAGAAAAAUCACUCUUGAUAGAGUUUCAAAACUGUGGUAAAGCAGAGGGUAGUACGACAUAUCAGAGUUGCUGCCUAGAAUAAGCCUCGACUUCUUAACAAACUGAAGAAAGUUUUUGGCUUAAAACUGAACUAUGCUGAUGAGGUACACAGUAAAAUAUUUACGCUUAAUUUAUUCACAGUUUAUUUUUUAGUAAAACUAAAAGUGAUGUAUUAAAAAUGUUAAGUGUUAUUUUAAUUUACUUCCUGGAUCAUAAUCUAAUGUGUUUUACAUGAUUUAUUGUGAUUAGAUACAGUUAGCUCUAAAUUGUUCUUGAUAUUUCUGGCAUUGAUAUUAACAUAAAUUAUGGCUUUAAAAAUGCAAAUGAUAUUUUCACUUGGUUUGGUGGAGAAUUAGUUAAUAUGAUGACAAAAAAAAUUUCAGUGCUCUUAAAUAUUUGUUCAAAUUUUUUUUAUGAAGUGAAUAGCAGUGCUUGUAACUAUGUAAGCAUGUGGGAUUUAUUUUACUGAAGGUAUGUAAUGCUAGUUUAGCAAACAAAAUUUUGUGCCUGUAAUUUUUUUUUUUAAAUGUUUUUAACUUUGAAAGAGUUUAUAAUAAGGGGAGGGUGGAAGGUUGUCCUCAACUUCAAUAUAGUGCCUUGUUUUCUUGUCUGAUCAGCUAUGUGAAUAUUAUUAUUGCAGUCAGCACUCGUACCAACUGUUGUAGGUGUUAGUAACUAGGAAAAAAGAACGUUGAUUUGGAAGGAAAAAAUAUAUAUUUGUAUAUAAAUAUUAGAUUUUGUGUGUGAUAUUUUAGUAUAUAUGCUGUAUAUGCUGUUUUGGUGAUGUUCUAAUUUUUUGUUAUCAAAUGUAGAUCGAAGUUUUAUAAUUAUGUUUCUGAAUAUUUGUUAUAAUAGGUUACUCUCAUUGGCUCCUAAGAAUUAACUCUGUUCACGAGGAAUGCUGUAUUUGAUGCGCAGUUCAUUUGAGCACUUUUGAAAGUCUUUUGGUUUAGGGUUUUCACUUUUCUGCCUAGUAUUUCGUACUCGUACUUGCUGAAAAUUAACACUAGCUUGCACCUAAAGAUUGAUAUCAAGGUUUGAUCAAAAGUGUUCAGGUCAGCGUAAGUGCAUUAUACUGGAAAGCCUCUAGUGGUUCCUGUUUCGAUUGUUUAUGUUUGGUGGUAGUAGUGCUAAAUGACACAAAAGGACCUUUGAUUUGUUUUUAAUUUACAUUUGGUUUUUUACCAAAAAUUUACUGUGUAAAAGUAAGUUUUUAACUUGGAUUACCAAUAGCGGCAAUAACAUAGCUGUAAAAUGCAUCUUUUUUAUUUCUGUGUAACAUCUUAGGUCUCAAAUGUAUGGCAUUUGGUAGGAGUAAUUUCGUGACUGGAACGGAAGUCACAUGGAAGAGAAAUGCGUAACCAAGGUGCUGCCAUCUGUGGCGGAUGGCAUGACCCCAAGUUCACAAGGCCAGGGAGCCUUUAUAGUAUUAACGGUGAAAUGAAUUUCAACAAAAUGGGCAGUUUUUUUUAAUAAAAUUCCUUGUUGAAAAUCAGGUCCAAUGCUGGUGUUUAGUAUUUUUUUUCAAGCCGAUUUUACUUUUAUUGGAGCCGUUACCCUUUGCUCUGCAAAUGCAAUGAUUUGAUACUUGACAUAGCUGCUCCAGAAACAAAUUCUAGGGGCGGGUUGGGAAACUAUGUGUCAUUCGCAUCAAAACACUUAUUUGAAAACACAAUUUUCGCAUAUUUAUCAUGCUGGGCAUUAUUUUCAGAAUUCUAUGUUACAUUUUGUGUCACAGUUUUGUAUUAUAAGUUUAUUUGCAACAUGAGAACAUAUUAAUUUGCUUGUUACUGAGGUUAUACAUCUCUUUCGAGUACUGAAAGACUGCUCCACGUUUUUUUUUUUUCAAUUUCCCCCCUCCCCCCCAAUAAAAUCUGAAUUUUUUUUAUUUUGUUUAAUGAUUUUUUUUAUUAUUAUUUAAAAAUAUUGACAAAUGAUGGUUUUAAAUGAAUGUAAACAUUUAGACCCACAGAUGUUAGCUUUAUGCAAGAUACAGAGGUUAUAGAGCACACCAUACAUUGCUAGUAUGCAUGGUGCUAAAUCUGAAAUAUUGGUAAUUUAAACCUUGCAAAGCCAUCCUAUAGUGUGUAUGUCCAGAAUGCAAUUUAAGGUUUACUGGUUGGUUGUAAUUGCAUUUCAAAGUGAGAAAUGAUAAUAGUUCUUGAUUAAGUGAUAUUAAAUUAGUUUAACACUGUUAAAGCAUUUUCACUGGCCUAGCUGCCAAAAUAUUGCUGGGAAAAAUUAAAAAUUAACAUUAAAUGGAUAAUGUACACAAGUUGGGUUGACUAAUGAAGACAUUUUAUGAUUAAAAAAAAAACCUAAAAUACAGUAAAAAUAUAAUUUUGACAUUAAAAUGUUAUAAAUUACUUAAAUAACUGCAGUAAAUACUAACACCCUUUGAGUAUUGCCAGUACCUGCAGUAUUAUCUUCAGCUGCGUAAGAACAGUUUUUUUUUAUUUUGAGGUGGUAAGAGCCAGUUACCAUACGCAAUACUUUGAAACCGAAAACAAUUUUGUACAUAAUAUUUUAACUUUGUUUUGAUAACUCAUCUUGAUUUAUCCUAGUUAUUUUUGGAGUCCUAAUACGAGACAAAUAUGCCACCACACACUACCAUUCUAAACUUCAGUGAACAACAGUAGGCCUAAAAUAAUCUAAAAAGCCACCAUUAGGCACUAGUUGAACAAGUGUGCUCUGGUUUUGACAGAAAGUAGGCUAAGUAUGUAGGUUGCUAGCUAGCAGUAAGGCAUCAAAUGAACCACAUAAUCCUAACUAGUAAUGAUUUACUACAGAUGUAAUCGUUUUAGUAUCGGUAUCAGCCGAUAUUCUUAAUUUUCUGGGUUACAAUUGUUUCCAGCAGAUGCUUAAACAACUGAUUCACAUGAAAGAAGUACAAUAAUUUUGUCCAUUCAGGUGUUAUCCAAAUUUUCUAAUUACCUGUUAAUAGUUUCAUAGGCAUCUUUCAUUCCAAUUUUUCUCUAAUUUAAAGCUUACUAGAAUGUUGGGUUCGUUAAUUCGUUAAAGUCAAUAUGUGUAUUGUGCUAUGCACAAAUUUUAUGCAGUAGAAUACUUUUUUUUUUUUUUCAUUUACGAAAAAUUGUUUUAAUAAAUAAUUCUGGUAAGCUGCUGAAAUAUUCUUGAGAAUUUUGGAAAUUCUGGAGACUAGCACUGUGAUUAUUUACAAAAUGUAUUGAAUCAGGUUUGUAUCCGUUAUCAGUUCUGUUAAAGAAACUCAUCGAUAUCGGUUUUUAUUCACAUCAACUAUCAGUACAAAAAAUUAGCAUAUCUUUUAUUUUCUUCCUAAAAUGAGCAACUCUGAUUCUAUAACUUAGUAUCUAUUAUUGUGAAGUUAGCUUUUGUAUUAGAACUUUUUACAAUUUUAAAACUUAAUAUUAACAUCCUAAAUGGAAAGUAGUCAAGGGGGUGAAACACAAGCACCUUGUCCUGCUGUAGUUAACUUUGCAGUUAACUUUUAUUUAACUGUAGUUAACUCUCAUGCUAAAGCAAUAUUGCCAGACAGCGCAGAGUUUUUGUUUUCUUUUCAUUUUCAUAGCCGCCAACCAGACCCCUUUCAUUACGGAGAUGAGAAAAUCUGUGACAGACUGCGGUGGUGUUCUGUUGUGUGUGGUAAAUGGUUUGUUGAUGUGCCUCUAACUGCAAACAAAGGUGGAAUAAAAAUUGUUAGUGCACAUUUGGCCCAUGAUGAUCAGCACAGUCAGUUCACUUAUGGAGUAAAAAUUGGAUUUCUUAAUUCAAAGGUGCAUCUAGUUGUGUCUACAAUAAAAACAUAAUGUUUUUGUUAGUUUGAAACAAUACAUUUAGUGACAUAAAUUUUUAAAAAAAAGUUGAAGUAUUGAUUGAAAUUGUAGCAGAGUAAAUGUCAUUUUAUUGAAGGAAUUUUAGAAGUUAAUGACUAUCUCAAGCCAUUUAGCUAUCAAAAAAAAGGGCAUUUAUGUCAGAUAUUUUAAGGAAAAAUAUUGCAUGUAUGUCAUAACUGAGCAAUAAACUAACAUUCAAAGCAAUAAUUUGCAAAAAAGUUGCAGACAUAGCAUGGUGCAAAUUUUUCUGGCUCCUAUGAAUUACACUUAAACACAGGUUCCAUACCACCACUAUAUUAUUUUUUUUUAUGUGGGGUGGGGUUUUGUGUGUGAUGGUUAUGCACUGCUUUAAGGCAUCUACUUCUAUACCAACUUGGUGCUCACACAUUUGUGUCAUGACGGGGUGGUUAGCUCAAACUCCAUGACCUUUGCCACUUUGGCAGAUGACGUUUUAUCAGAUAGUGGUUAUUUAAAACAUCUCUAAUGUACUAUAAAUAUAUAUUAAAAAAUAUAAUACAAAGAUCACAUUUACCUUGAUAAUUUCUUCCGUUGUAACCUUGUAUGCAAGGUAUUAUACAUUAGUUAUAAAGUUUAUGGUAUGUGACAAUAGCUUCAGAAACAAUCAAUUAUCUAUCUUUGGACAGGAACGUACUGUGUUUUAUAGCAUAAUCGUCACACCAUUAUUUUAGUAUUUCAAAAUUUGGAGAGAAAAAAUUUUCGCAUAAAUACAACAUAAUGUUUUUGGUACCGUUGUUAGAUUCCGAGCGCUUGUGUGUAGGUAGUUUUCCAGUAUAAAAUUAUGUAUUUUGAGUUUUCUAAAUCUAAUAUUAGUUAGGAUGUUACCGUUUAUUUAUUUAAUUAAUGGAAAUACGAAGUUGUCUGGUGUGUAAAUUUUUUAUUUUAAAGAUUUUAAAGACAUUUUCAAACGUUAUAACCUUAUCUGUUUGUGUUCGUCAUCGCUGUGUACCGCGUAUAAAAAUGUAGCCAGCGCUAGUUGGCAUCAUUCAUGUUUGGUUAUGUUGAUUCCUGUAUAAAGAGUGCGCACACAUAGUCGAAUAUCAAUAUCAAUAGCUCGCCGAUUGCAGGUAACACAGGCACUCUAUCUACUGUCGAUUUAACUACAUUUAAUAGCCUGCACUCUUUCAUGGUAAGUAUGUAUUAAGACGAUAGUUAUGCAUUAGUUUCGACUCAAGUCUUGUCACAGUUUUCGUUUUUCUAUUUAAAGUUGAACUAAAUGUUUUUGUUGCAUGACUUAUUCAUUUAAAUUGUUUGACGUGCUUUUGUAUACUCUACAUUUUAAAUAAACUCAUGUUCCUUGAAUAGGUUUUGUUUUUAUUAAUAACUUAAUGAAACAAAAAAUGCUUUUUUCGCAUAAAAAUUGCACCCCUACAAUUCAAACGUUAUUUUAGUACAAAAUGUGCAAGGAUCAUGUGAUAAAACACGGUAUUUAAGAAAGUAGGUAAUGAGAAAUUUAAUUUUUUUGUGGAUGCAGUGAUUAUGCAGUGUGUGUAUGUGUAGAUGUUAAUUUACAUAAGUUUUGCAACAAAUUUUUUAAUUAUAAUAAUAUUUAAUUUAACCAAUAAUAAAGCUAUAAAAUACAGCAAAAAUAGCAUUUAUGCAGUACACAUGUCAAAGUUAAAAAAAAAAAAAAAAAAUACUUUCAUGGAAUGGUCAGUCUAGUUUGUAGAAGUGCUUUGAGCUAAGAUAGGGAUAUCACAUUGUGCAUUCGCUAAAACCUCUGUUAGACUUCCUUACCCAGGAACCACUAAGGCUUUUGUUACGGGUUGAGGUAAUGCAGAUGUUUUAACUGUUCUACCACCUUCAUAUGUGCUUUUUAUUCAUGAUACUGUUAAACAAGCAUUGAGCCUUCAAGUUGUUAACAAGUUAUUUUUUUCUCAUUUAAUGGGUAUGCAUUGGACUGGUGCAACUCUUGAUUGUAUUAUUGAAUUAACUUACAAAGUUUUGUUUAAAUUGAAUAGCUUUUUAUUUUUUUCAAUUCAGAUAUAAAACUUAUUUAAUACGUUUAUACAUCAUUGUAGUCUGAAAACCUAUACAUUCUUCAUUAACUUAAUGGAAAAAAAAAAUUUUGUACAAAUUAUUUUGUGUUUGUACAUGUUAUGAUAUAGCUUAAAUGUAAGUUUGUGAAUAAUAAAAAAAAAUAAAAA